UCUUCCCACCUGUCACUUCAUAUACAAAAAUUAAUCAUGUAAAAAAUUCAGUAUAAAAUUAGCUAGUUGUGGGCGCUUGAGUGCGGGGCUGGUAAAAAUGGAAUUAACUAUGAGCUCCAAAAGCCAUAUCCGCAUUGAGGGCACCGAGAUGGAGAACGAUUUGAUGCAUUUCAAUAUCGAUAUUUCUGAGGAAGUGCGAUACCACCAUCACCAUCAACAUAAGAAAGACGCGGAAAGGGCCUUGGACAGCAAUGGAAAAAGUCGAAAUCCUGGUGGGGGGCUGGGGAAUCGAAUUAAGGAGGGCGCGGUUUCUUUUGGAGAACCCAAUAAAUUCUAUGCCGAAAGUCAUGAUAUUGGGCAAAGCGAACACACACGUCAUAUCCUUGGACGCGAUCGCCAUAAAGAGUCUACCAAAAGCCGUAAGCACUUUCAUCAUCGAACUUAUAAGAUAGCCAGGAACCGGGACGAGGAGUCUCCUCAAGGAAAUGCCACUUGGUGCAAAACCCCGACACAUGAAUUUGAUAGCUCAGAGAUGGCAUACGAGAGAUAUUAUCCACCCGAACUCCAACCGAGACGAGAAGCGAUAAGGCAGCCAGGGUACGAACCAGACUUCAGGCCACAUUAUCCUCAAGAGACCAAUAACCUUAGAGCUCAGGCAUAUGCCGAUCCCGGAUAUGCAUACGCCCAUGAGUACUACCAGAAUGUACCCAAGCAGUACCACGAAUCACACUGUUCACCUCAUCCACAUAGAGAGCAUUUAUCGUAUUCAAAAGUUACGCCAGUAGGACCUCGCACAUCGCCAUCUUAUAGAGACUUUAAUCCUCACUCGGAGGCCCCAUCCCAUGAUGUAUUCAGCGGAGAGUAUUUAGUGUCUAGCACCAGCAUUCCCGUUUAUAGACCGCCAUGGGAGCAACGCACGCGCUUACAAGUAAAGGGGACAGUACCUCACGGAUAUCCAUUGAACUACAAUUCCCCGUGCUACAAUUCUUCGAACUCAUACCACGACUUAAGGAAAUGCGGAAAAAUAUAUGGUAAUAUUGAUCCGCAUGGACCAGUCUAUAAUAACGAUGUUAAUUACAAGGAGAGAGCACCUGGUGGCACCCCCAGAGAGUUUUCAGGCUAUGAUUAUUAUGAUGCAAGGCAUGCCCCACGAACGCAUCCGCCAGGCAAACCUUCCCCAAAAAGCGCCUCCAAAUAUUAUGAAACGUAUGAUAACCCUACCUAUACGGACGGCCAGGGUCCUAUAAAAAUAUCCCAUAAAUAUUACAGGGGUGAGGCGGAUGCAGAAGACGAAUGCGAAAAUGCACCCAUUGAGCAAUUUGAUAGAUAUUAUAAUAAUUCGGAAGCUAUGCUAGAGCAAAGCGAUAGCUUUAAUUACAAGAAGAAGAAUUCUUCUCCGAAAAGAGAUAAAAAUCAUGACAAAGAGUGCCAAGACUCUCCGAUAAACUCCCUUGAUAUAUUUUUUAAGGAAGAAAUUCCUUAUCGAAAACCUCACUAUAAUGAAAGGAAAAAACAACAAUUAAGAAGAGAAACUCCCUCGAAGAAAUACCAUUAUUUUGUCGACAUUCCUCAGAGAAUUAAGUACUCCUCUGACUAUACACCUAAUCAUCAAGAAUCGAAAAAAAUAGCUAAAUCGGCAGACUUUGUCAAGCUUAAAUAUUACGGUGAGGGUUUGGAAGUGCCCCAUAAAAUUUGUAAGUACCAGAUGACUGAAAGUCCCAUUGUGCACUUCUCUCCUGUCGAGAUACCCUAUAGAAGAAGAGAGCGGAUCCACCCGUCUCAGCAUAAAAAAAAAUCGGCGCACAAAUGCUUGGAUGCAGGCUGUGAUACUUUACCGGCGUUAUCUGUCUCCAAACUAACUGUAAAUAACGAAUCACACCACUCAGUUGGUCCUCAGAGUUGUGCUUCCAAUAAAUACUCGCAUGAUGACAGACGACAUCCUGACCGCAAAGGGUUAAAAGAUCGCAUAUCUGGUUUGGUUAAGAAAUCGAAACUUUCCCUUACCAGAUCCAAUCUUUUUAAAAGCAAAUCUCUGGUACUUAAAGGUUACAAGCCGGUUAAUUGCUUCAACUUUACCUCCAUGGGAUGUGGCAUGUCGACAAAAAACGAGAGGAAAAUUCAAGAGGAGAGAUCUUUCUCUGGCGCUGAACAAAACUUUAUGAGGAAACCUCUCGACUACCAGUGCCGCUACCCCACCGGAUAUAGAGGACAGGGCCAGGAAGACUAUGGAAGAAAAUACCAAGAAUAUUCAAUGUACAACGUACUCAACUCCAGUGAACGCAGCAGGGUGAAUUCCGCUCAGAAUGAACACGGUCAUUCAAAAUAUAGUGAACCAUGUAGAGCAGCCUCUGAUUCUAGCCUAGAUGAUUGCAGUAUAUGUGACAAAUACAAGAAAUACAACAAAAGCAGUUAUAGCGACAGUGGUAGCGGAAACUUUGAUGACAAUUGUAGCGCAAACUUUAGCAACAGUAGUAGCUACAACUGGGGCGACAAUUGUACCGACAACUGUAGCGACAAAUGUCCAACUCACAAUUGUUGCACCAGUUGUAAAUGCGACGAUAAUGAGUUCAAGGAAACUUGCGAUCCCGCCAAGCCCAGUCAAAUAAAUAUCUGCCUAACUAUACGCACAGUGGAUGGGAAUCUGGUGGAACAACCGAGAGUUACAUCAUCUGAGUCCAAGUGCCAUAGCCAUUGCGAGAGUACUGCUGCAUGCAGUGUGAACUCUCAGCCGACUUGCCAAGUACGUGUAUGCGAGCCGCCCAGCCCAGCUCAGUCGUGCCUCAAAAGCGCAAGCUCUAAAUGUCAGAAGGGAUGCGCCAGCAAGGCGCAUAGAGACGAACCACGAGGCGGUUGCGGGGAAAACAGCUUUAAAAAUGUAAGACCCAAAAGCCGUGGCAGCGGCUACAGCUCGCAGAAUCAAUCGACAUCUUUUCCAAGCAAGGGACAAAAAAAAAAAACUUCUAUGAAUACAAGUGGCUGCCCUCUCAAUAAAACAUGUCCUCCUGGUAAUAAGGGAGGCAAAUUUUCAAGGCCGUCUAAGAAUGGGAGCUCACAAAACAGCUGUGAUGUGGGUACAGCCAUCCAGAAGCAGGAUAAGAGCCCUUGCGUCCAGCCCCUGCGUCCAACUAUAAGACCUUGCAACGAAGCGCAAGCAAGAUCACAGCGGAAAAGGGUUGUGUUGAACACGAAUAGUGAUUCAACUCUAGUUGACUCGGACAAAUCAGAAUCGAAGAGAGCCAAAGGCUGUACAAGAUGUACUGCCCUAAAACGCGGCUCCCCAACAAACCCGUCGAAAGGGAGUGGUUCAGGUCGGAAUACUAGAUCGAGCUAUACUGCAAAAAGUAAACACAAGAAUUCCGCAACAAGCUUGAGUAGUUGUUCAAGUAAAAAGAGCUCAUCAAGCUGUGAGAAAAAACCAAAGCAAAGUCCAGAAGAAUAUGUUUGUUAUCCAAGUCCACACCUGGUUGACAAUACAUGCCCUGGAGGCAAUUUUUCAAUGCUGUCAAGCUACAAUACCCCAGGACCCGUUCAGUGCGGCGACCUGUGCUGCCCCAAGCUCGUCGCUGAAUGGGAUCAGGAGUGCUGCCGCCGCAAAAAUCCUAUUGAGGAUUUGAAGCAGGAGCUGCUAAAGAAUAUGAGAAGUGAACAGCAACUGGACGCACAGACCGGAGCCCUGCGAUCCCCUUCGCACAUGAUGUUCCUUCCAUCUGUCCACGAUGCUCCCUGUCAGCAGAAUGCUUGCCCUUUUCCCUACUGGAGUCCAAGCCCGGUAGUGUCCUGGCCACCUUGCCCCACGCUACAAGCACCUUGCUCAUUCUAGAAUUCAGAAAUAUCUCAGUCUUAAUUUAAUAAAUAAUAAACAAUACU